GUUCUUCUACAUGGUCCUCCAGGAACUGGCAAGACAUCACUAUGCAAAGCAUUAGCACAGAAACUGUCAAUAUGUUUUAGCUCCAGAUAUCCACAUUGUCAGCUGGUUGAAGUGAAUGCACACUCAUUGUUCAGCAAAUGGUUUUUUGAAAGUGGCAAAUUGGUUGCAAAACUUUUUCAGAAAAUUCAGGAAAUGGUGGAGGAGGAGAACAAUCUGGUAUUUGUUUUAAUCGAUGAAGUUGAAAGCCUAGCUGCAGGAAGAAAAGCAGCUAUAUCUGGUUCAGAACCUUCAGAUUCUAUAAGGGGUAUCAGGCUCGAGCAGUGCACAAUUCAGUCGUUGAACUACGAAAUAUAUGCAAUCAUCCUUACAUCAGCCAGCUACAUAACGAAGAGGUUCAUAAACACGUUCCCAAGCAUUAUCUUCCUAAUAUUAUAAGGUUUUGUGGGAAGCUUGAGAUGUUAGAUCGGCUACUAAGUACUGCCCAAGCUUAAAGCCACAGAUCAUCUGGUAUAAUAUUCCAACCGAGUUUUGAUGAAAGGAAACCAAAAUGUAUAGAUAGGAUGUUUAGAGUUGUUACAUGUUAGCUGAAUGCUUGAUUUUUUUAGCUGCAAUAUUGUAAGUCCUAUGUG